AGGAAAUCCAACAAUGCAAAGCAAUUCCAUAUAUGCCCUCGGAGGAUUGGCUGUCACUGUGAAUCGUCAUAGCAAUGGGCUGGAUACUGAGACUGCAAAAGCAGCAGAGGAGAGCGCUGAGUUCAUGAGCCCUUCUCAUUGGCUGACAGUUGUCAUGGAUACCAUCAUGUCUCUGAUGGAUGUCAAUUUCACUCCGAAAGGAAAUCUGAUUGGUCUUUGUCAACAGCGGUCAGUGGAUGAUCGUUUGCCAGCAAGCCUGCUAGCACAGGCAUCAGCUUCUGUUGCCCUGAGUCAGGUUGUACCUGCACUUAUCACACUGGACGUUGACAGAAUUUAUGUCAUCAUCAAUUUCCUCCUGUCAUGGUUGCCAGGACAAGGAGAUGUUCCAGAAUCCCCUGUUCUACAGUAUCAUGGUGGACUUGGAUUGGGAAUGUUCCUGUCACGUCUUUUAGAAGAACACUUUGCUGACAUCAGUGGAACUAAGGGUAUGUUACAAAUCUGGAAAAGUUUUGACAAGUUAGAAGAGUGUAGCCUUACAGCCGGCUUAGAGAACAGGUCAGGAGCCAUCUUAGGUCUGGGUAUGGCUGUCUGUGCGAUGUGUGAGGAAGGGAAAACAGAGAGUCGAGCUCAUAUUGUGUCUGUUUACGACAAAAUGCUGACCCUGUGUGACGACAUUGACCCCUUAGACAAUAUAUUCCAGUCGGUCAGUAUGUGCGUUGCUUGUAUUGCUGGAGCUGGAUUUAGUGGUAACAUUCUGACAGUGACCAGAGUGAACGCAGCUGUGGACAGACUGAUGACCAUUCACUCUGAUCAUCCUCAGGUGACUGGGGUAUGUCUGGCUCUAGGCAUGUUGUGUUAUAACCUCAAGAGGGCAGGACACCCUGGGAUAGGGGACAAGCGGAUGAAGCUGUUCACAUCCUGGAUGAAGGCCAUAUCAUCAGAGCAAACAGCCCCCAUGGAGAAGGUAGCCAUGUUGAAUGGACUGAUGGCUUUGAUUGGAUCAGAGAGAACACUUAUACCAGUCCAAAGUAGUGCUGUCAGUGGCAAUGACCUCAAUAUCGAUGAUGUCAUCAAGGUCGCAUCACAGAUCGUCACCAGUGGAAACGACUUGGGAAUUCAGAACAAUGCAGCAUGGAUGUUGGGGCAUCUGUAUUUGUCAGCAUGUGCUGUGGCCGAUACAAGGGCUAGUGUGCCUUCUACCUUUGGUUACCUGCCCGAGAAAAGUUUCCUGCGAGCUGUAGUUGACUUUGUGUCAGAGGCUGGCAAAGCAGGAGCAGAAACAAUACCAAAGAAGCAAGUUAAAGUGGCCUUGACUUCACUACAAGAGGAAGUGGAGCAAGCACUGCCCCCUAUCAACUGGGCAGGGUUGUUAACGCCAAUGAUGAGGAUGGGCUUUGGUGAUGAGGUGCGACAUCUCAGUUUAAAGUUAGCAGUGAAACAGAGUGGAUCUUCUCCAACAGCAGCCAUGUUCCUCACUACCUGGAUGACCUUGCCUUUGCUAAGCACGUUGGAUGAGACUUGUCAAGUUGUCUUGUAUGACGCCUUACCCCAUCUGAUUCGCUCCAUUGCACCGACAGCAAUCGGCUCUCUCUUGGGUGUAGGAUCCAGCGAACCAUACAUCGGCCUCGAUGGAGUCACAAAUCCAUCUCUACUGCAUGUCCUGACAGGACUGACCAAUGCACUGAAGGUCAAUGACCCACCCGAGGCAGUGACUGCUGUCCUCUACAAAGCAGUGGAAACAUUUCAUGCUAAACUGGCACCAUCAACAGAAGUACCGGUGCUGUGUGUGUUAGCUGAUUGUCUGGGUAAUCUGCCGGAUGAUCUGCUUGAUAAGAUAACGGGUGAGGAUUUUCUGUUCGAUAAGAAUCACUCUACCGGAUGUCUGAUACGCUGUUACCUUGUAGCCCAAGGGAAGCAACCCAUGGCAAUCCUCAACAGCUGUAUAGAUGCCACCUUCAACAGCAAAAGAUGCAACCAUUCCCUGAUAUCCAAGUUUCUUCAGCAUUGCUUCUAUCAAGUGACCCAGACAAGGUCAGAGUUCACAGGAGUUAUUCCAAGGUUACAGUGGCUUGUUGAGCUCUUGGGACAUGUCCGUAACAUAGCAACAGGGGCGACAACUUUGUCAGAUGACAUAACAGAAAAAACACAGGUGACAGAUUUGGCAGUAGACAUCAUUGCUGCAGUCUUGUGCCUGUGGAUGUCGACGUCUUCUGCGUGUGUUUUAGGCGUCACUCCACAAUUACUGGUUUGUCCUGAUACAUCAUCCUCAUUAGAAGAUUUUUGGUUACCAUGGAAAUCAAGUGUGUUUCCAAGACAGAUCUUACCUGCCUACAUCACAAGGAUCCAAUCGGAGCCCUGGGAUCAUGUUCUUCCAAAGGUCGUUGAUUGUUUGAUGACACUGUUGUCUCAACCAGACCACAUCAUUAGCAGCACAACCAGGUCAUCACUACAAGGUUCUCUGCAGAUUUUGAGACAUUCAACAACCUUCAGGACACCAACUGUUUGGACAGAGGUUUAUGAUGCUGUGCAAGUGAAAUAAAACUCUACACUCUCUAUAUACAAACUUUUGUUUGGAAAUAAUGGAGUCUUCAGUUAUUUUCUUUCUACCCAGGAAUGUGAUAAAACAAGAAAUAAAA